AUGGCCCAUUACCGAAGCAUGCAGCCCAGUCGGGGUACAAGCUACUCUGAUUCAAGUGACCCGACAACGAAUGUCAACCAUUUCGUGGAGAUGCCCGGGGAAGUACGCGCCACUCUGAACAGCUACGUACCCCUAGAUGCGGACGAUGAGACCGUGAAGCUCCUUCGGGAAACGUUCAGGUACCUUCCAUCAGAUGGUAGAGUUAACCUUGCCGAGGAUAUCAUUCAGGCUGGGGCGGGCAAUAAGUUGCAGCAACUUGCCCAGAGUAUCGUUUCAGGCCUUCUCAAACCGAUGAUGGUUGCCGGUGCUAAGAAGAUGGAGAUACCGCGGUUGGGCAUUGAAGAAUGUCUUGCCAACAAGACGGACGGGCACGAGUCGAUGAGGCGUGCCCGACAGCUCCAAGAGGAUGCGCUUCGCAGAGAUGGCAAUAAAUGCGUUGUAUCGGGCCAUUACGAUGUUCUAUCAGAGGAGUUAUAUCCCGACGAAACUACUGCCGACCUAGAAACUGCAUAUAUUGUGCCAUUUGCUCUAUCCAAGUUCAACAAUGAAUAUGAAAAACAGCAAAUAAUAGCUGUUUGGACGAACAUUUUUCGUUAUUUCCCAAGCGUCCGUUCCCGGCUGGGCUUCUAUUACCAGAACAUUAACUCUAUGGUAAACGUGAUGACUCUCUCCCUACCUCUCCACACGCAAUUUCGACGAUUCAGUCUUGCACUCGAACAGGAAACAGGCAGCAUAAAUCAAUAUCGUGUCAAGACCUUUUGUGGUUUUGCAACAGCCCAUCGAGCUGAGCUGCCAGCGAGUGGAACUAUCAGAAUGACAGGCCACGAUGGAUUCCCAUUGGCUUCACCUAUUUUACUUCAGGUUCACUGUGCCGUCGCGAGCAUACUCCAUGCCACCGGCGAGGGUGCGAAGAUCGCCCGAGUGCUACGGGACUAUGAUGCGACUGGUGGCCUCGCUAGCGACGGUAGUACCAAUGUCUCGCAGCUCUUAUCUUUGACUAAACUUGCAUUGGUGCCCCAUGCCCGUCGCUUUGAUGGAACGGGUUCGACAGAUGACUGA